GUCGACGAGACGGAGGCUAUGCCGGGCGACCCGGAUGGCCAGACGGUCUAUGUCAACAAGAUCGGACCUUCGGCCUCUCCUGGACAAGCUAUUGGUGGACCCGGAUCGCGGCCUGCGGACUACGGGCCGGCAGGCCAGGCCUACUGCCACCCGCCCUGGGCCACGAGGGGCGGCUUUCGAGUGGAAUGGCUGGGCCUCCAGACGGAGUACCCGCGCUACCGGCUUGGGCGGAUUGGCUGGUGGCCUGGACUGGAUCGCGCCGGAUCGAGGCGAAGGACCUGGGCAUGCUGGGCCUUCGGUAAGGGCGGCGCGAAGAAGACUAUAGCAGCCCUGGAGCUACUGGCUACCCUUGUGGCCGUCAAACUAUGGGUUGUCCACCAGAGCAAGAGACAGACUUCGAGGGUGGCGGUCCGAGGAUACACGGACAACAAGUCGAGCGAAGCCCUGAUCUUGAAGGCUAUGACCACCAAGUACCCCUCGGGCCUGGUGCUGAUGGAGCUAGCAGAGGAGCUAGCCGCCAAGGACUGUGAGCUGCAGCUAACCUGGAUUCGUCGAGAGAUGAACCAGCUAGCUGACGACCUCACGAAUGAGGAUUUCAAGCAUUUCGAUAGGGAUUUUCGGAUCCCCCUGAAAGGGGAAGAGCUAGAGUGGCGCAUCCUGGACAAGCUCCUGGACCACUGGGCUAAGUUUUUCGCCGAGGUUUCGGGAAAGAAACGGAAGGAGCUAUGGGAAGGCAG